AGAUUUAUUUCAGCUACAUGAGUGGGCUACAGGCCCAACAAGAGAAAGAAAAGAACAAAAGCGAAACCCAAAAAGCACACAUAAAAAAAAAAAAGCACACAUAAGAUUAGUAGCAGAGUGUUAAAGUUUCUGAGGCGGUGUGUAUAUUGACGCAUAGCAGUUACCACUUACCACGAUAAUAGUUUGCGUAUUGCGAUCGCUUCUUCUGUUGUUUAAGAAUGAAACCAGAAUCGAAAAGAAAGAGUGACAAAGCCCACAAUUGUAGCCAUGAAAAACCUUCAUGUUUUGAUAGUUUUGCUGAAAUGUCAAACGCUCUGUUAAAUUCUGAUAUCACCAUAAGAAACCAAAGUUCUUCCAUUAUUCUUGGUUCUGCAACUAAUCAAGAUCCUAAUUCAAUUCAAUCUCUCUCAAAAGAUUGCUAUGACUUUAGUAAUUUAUUGAAGACAUUGAAUUACAUAGAGAAGAAGAGUGCCAAACGCAUAAUCGUUGUUAAGAGGGUUGAUAAGAAAAAAGAAAAGAAAAUGAAGAGGAAGAAGGAGAAGGAGGAAUUUCAAAUAAUAAAAUUCUUGACAAUGAACCCAAAGAAGCCGUUUGAAAGAAUUGUAAGAGUAAAAGGUGGAAACAGAAAGGAGCAAAAUUCAGAGAAAAACUCAGAUAAUCAAUUUGGCUUGGAAGAGUUUCUUGAUGCUGUAAAUCAUGGAGGCUUUCAUCUUAGAACAAGGAUUCAUAUUAAGAAUAAGAAUACCCAACAGAAAGAACCAAAACACAAAUAAAUUUGGUUGGCUAUCAUCUUAGAAGAAGAGAUUUUUCUUCUAAUUCAAACAUUAGUGACUGUAUGUCCGUCAAGAUUUAUAUUCCGUCCAAAUUUAUAUUUCUCUUACUUUUAGAGUAGAUAAGAACUUCUAACUGUGAUGUCAUGAUGAAAUCUUGUUAGAUAUUAUUCAAUUUGUUUUUCCUGUGUUUUCUCUUGCUUUAAAUUUAGUGUUUAAAGAUUUUUUUUAACCAAUUCAUGUAAGAUAUUAGUCAAUUUGUUUUUCGUGUGUUUUCUCUUGC